UCAGUCCUGCAAAAUCAGCACAAGAUCAAUACAAGCUUGAGGAUAUUUGUUUUACAAAUUAUUACCAAAUCUUGAUCAGCUUCAAGUACUGAAACACGCCAGAACAAUGGUUUGGGGAAUUUUACGAAAACAAAUCCUUCUACCAGUUAUGACAAUCACAGUCUUGCUCGUGAUAAUUUUGAUAUCUGUCGUCCUCAUUCUUACACUUUCGGAAAGCAAAGAAUUGAAAGAAACGGACAAGAAGUACUACAAGAAUGGUGCUGUAGCAGCUGAUGUAGGAAAAUGUUCCGAUAUCGGAGUAAAAAUCCUCAAACAAAAUGGUUCAGCCGUUGACUCUGCCAUUGCAACUUUAUUUUGUCAAGGCGUUACAAACGUACAUUCUUCCGGAAUUGGAGGAGGAUUAUUCAUGGUGGUGUAUGUCAAAAAAUCUAGAAGAGCAUGGUUUUACAACGGUCGUGAGAAGGCACCAUCCAAUGCUAGCCGAGAUAUGUUUGUGAAUAACACAUUAGCUGCUAAACAAGGUGCUUUGGCAGUUGGUGUUCCCGGAGAGGUUAGUGCGAUGCACAAAGCCUGGAAAGAACACGGUAAACUACCUUGGAAAGAUUUGGUUCAGCCUGCUAUAGAUUUGUGCAAGAAUGGAUUUCCCCUCUCCAAAGCCUUAUAUGGACGAAUGGUGACAAAAAAGGAUAUUUUAUAUAAUGACACAGGGUUUAGGAAACUGCUUUUUAAGAAAGACGGUACAAUGCUUAAGACGAACGAAAUCCUGAUCAAUCCUGAAUUAGGAAACACCUUAGAGAUCAUCGCUGAAGAUCCAAUGAGCUUUUAUCAGGGAUCAAUAGCGAAAGGAAUUGUAAGUGACAUUCAGGGUUCCGGAGGGAUAAUCACACGUGAUGACUUGAAGAAUUACGAGGCUACCAGAACAAACGCAUUGAGGGUUAAUCUGGACAAAAAUCACACGAUAUGGACAUCUCAACCGCCAUCAAGUGGACCGGUAUUUGCAAUGAUACUGCAGAUAUUAAAAGGAUUUCAAUUUUCCAGCGAGGACAAUGAUGGCGAUGAAAGUUUGAUCCGCAGCUAUCAUCGUAUUGUCGAGGCUUUCAAAUUUUCCUACGCUUAUCGUGCUCUGUUGGGGGACCCUGAUCAUGAAGAUGGAGUAAAAGAGACUGUAAACAACAUGACAAAUGCAUCGUUCACGGAAGAUCUUCGUAAAAAGAUUGAUGACAAUAAGAUUCACAAUGUCUCGUAUUACGGCGGCUUUUAUUCAGACUGGAAUGAUGACGGAACAACUCAUCUCUCAGUGUUGUCCAAAAAUGGGGACGCUGUGGCUUUGACAUCCACAAUAAAUACCAGUUUUGGCUCUAAAAUCAGGUCACCAACUUUAGGAAUCAUUUAUAACAACGAAAUGGACGAUUUCUCCACACCUGGUUUGGUCAACGUAUUUGGAGUCGAACCUUCGCCAAGGAACUUCAUCAAAGCAGGCAAACGAAUGAUGUCAAGUAUGAGUCCUAGUGUGACUGUUGAUGAUUUAGGAAACGCUAGAUUUAUCUUAGGAGCGUCAGGAGGAACAAGAAUUACAACCGGGACAGCACUGGUUUUUCUUAAUCAUUUAUGGUUUGGAUUAGAUCUUGAGGAAUCUGUGGAACGUCCAAGAUUACAUCAUCAAUUGGUACCCACUUAUAUUCGUCUUGAAAAAACAAAGAGAUACAGAAUGAAACAAACAAUUCUGAAUGGCUUGAAGAAACUAGGACAUAAAUACAAAUUUCUAAUUAACAGCAGCACUGUGCAGGCCAUCUCGAUUGACAGACAAGGAAGAAUUUAUGCCGUUUCUGAUUCACGUAAAUUUGGCAGAGCGACUGGUUAUUAAUAUCACCUGAUCGUAUAAAAAUAUAGAUGAAAAUAGUUUGUUUUAAAUGAUACAACUUUGUGAUUGAGAUGAAGAAUUUUUUAGUAAUAAAAUACGACAAAU